ACCAUAUACCCGUCCACAAAAAACCUUCCCUAGCAUACACAUAUGACCGCCCAGCCAAGCUAAAGGCUCAGAUGAAUCGGAAAGUAAUGUCAUUAAUUCGCCAGUGUUCCGAGAGAUCCGUUCCGAACCCACAUGUGGCGCGGCACUACAUGGCGCUUGUCUUACCUCUGAACGCUCAGCCAAUAUGAAUCCGGUAUCGCACAAGGAAUCGCUAUAAAGAUGAAUACAAAGCCCAGCUCUGUAGAACGCCAUCGUCUUCUCCUACCGCCACCAUGAGCCAAAUAAAAAUCGCCGACUCUCCGAUUACUGGAAAAGCAGAUGACGGUGCCGUACGUUCAAGGCGCUACAAGUCCCAAUCUCUACACCCUUCGACUCCUGGUAUCGCACUUCUUGCAUUCGUAGGCAACCUAGCUUGUUGGAUCAUUACAGGCGCCAUCGGCUACGCCUCACCCCCUUGUCUAGCUAUCGAUGACUGGACGUGUAUGGCCAUGGUUCUUUUUGUGCCUCAAGGACUUGCAACUGUAUACCUCAUCUCUAUCGCUUUGGAGAAGGGUUGGAUGUCUGCAACACCAAGCCUGAACGCAGGCAUCGUCGGCUUUAGCAUUGCUAUCGUGUACACUAUGUAUUGGGCUACCUGGGGGAAUUUUGCGACACGUGUAUUCUGGAUUGAGGCAGGUGUCUACCUCUCCCUUGCCCUCGAGGCUAAGCUCGGGGUCUUCGAAGCUGCAGAGCAAAGAAUAGGUACAUUGCUGGACUUGUAAAAAUGGGCUCCGCUUUCAUAAGGCUGUCGGCCUCAAGAAUAUCCAUUAAGAAGCUUGCAAUACUGCAUGUUCCAUAAGUCGUAUACUUCGUCAUGUAUCUAAACAAAGCCGGGCAUCAUCCCUUCAGCUCCGGGGUGGUAAUAUUUAACCUUAGACAAUAGCAUCGGGUCUAACAACCCUCUUCUUCGC